AAAGGGAAAGCGGGACAAGAAACUGGGUCACGUUAAAAGCCUGCAGAAGGCUCGAUGCUCGAAGCGCACUUACGAUAAUGUAGCGGUGGUCUCGUCGAAGUUCCCAGUAUUGAAUUUUAUUUGACGCUUUUCCCCGUUGUUUAAGUGAGUUGCUACAAAAGAGUGCGUGCCCUGUCACGAAACUUACUUUGCCAAUUUGGUGCGGUACUAACAACAGGUGGUAAAUCUUACUGUGGAGCGGAACAAGACUUCUUCCAAGCACUGAAAUGUUUGAAUACGAGACCAGCAACGACCUCCUGCUGUACCCCUUCCUUGAGGAUGACGAGGGCGUGGAAGAGCCGCUGUUUCCCGACGAGGGCCCUGGGUGGGGCGCUCUGUCCCUGGCCGAGGCCCUGCUGCCCCUGGUGGAGUCGCCCCCGUCCACCCCGCCGCCCCAGUCCCCGUGGAUGUGCUACGCGCGCUACAAGACGGAGCUGUGCAGCCGCUACACGGAGCUGGGCUCCUGCAAGUACGCCGAGCGCUGCCAGUUCGCGCACGGGCUGCGGGACCUGCGCGUGCCCUCCCGCCACCCCAAGUACAAGACCGAGCCCUGCCGGGCGUUCCACGCGGGCGGCUACUGCGCCUACGGCGCCCGCUGCCUCUUCGUCCACGGCCCCAAGGAGCAGCGGCCUGCGCGGCCCCCCCGCAGCCGCAACGUGCCCUGCCGCACCUUCCGCUCGUUCGGCGUCUGCCCCUUCGGCGCGCGCUGCCACUUCCUGCACGCGGAGGCCGACGGGGCGCGGGGCGUGGGCGAGGCCGGGGCCGGGGGCGCGCCGUCCGCGGACGAGAAGGGCGCCCGGCCCGGCGCUCGGGAGCAGCGGCCCCGGGGGGCCCUGUGCCGCACCUUCAGCGCUUUCGGGUUCUGCCUGUACGGGACCCGCUGCCGGUUCCAGCACUGCCUGCCCAGCGGUACCGCCCAGGGCCCCGGGGCCGGCUUGGGGGCCCCCUGCCUCCCCCUGCUGCCCGGCUCGGGGAGAGCCUCGCCCGCCGCCUCGGACAUGCUCUCCUCCUCCUCCUCCGCCACCUCGUCCCCUCCCUCGUCGCUGCCCUCCCCCGUGUACCUGGAGGACCGCUCCUCCCCGCUCACCCCCCCGCUGCUGUCUGGGGACCCCCCGGAGGGGGACGCCUUCUCCUUCUCCGGGCAGCACCUGAACGACCUGCUCCUGCCCCUGGCCUGGAGGCUGCAGCAGCUGGAGAAGACCCUGGCCUGGCCUGCCCUCUCCCCAGGGGUGGAGGGGGAGGCUGCCAUCGCCCUGCCCAAAACCCACAGUGACGCGUGUUCCUGAAGGCCUGGCCUGACUGCGUGUCUAACGUGUACAAUGUGCCAGAAUGAUGCAGG